GUGGCAGAUAAAGAAGUGCUUGGCUUUAACCAGCAUCCAAACUAACCCGAACACGUCCCCGCAGUUUCAGUGACAUGUUGUUGCAUCAUCAUUGACGUUCAAAGAGUUGAAAGGAUGCGGCGGUGAACAACAGGGUGAGGGCGAGUGAAGAGACCGAUGGAUUUAAACCGAAGUUCGUUAGUUUACAGUCACAGAAUAAGGUACCGUGAGUGUGUGUCUGUGACACAGAGUGGUUGCGGGGUCGAUGCCGGAGACAUGGACUCAGUGUGAUCCUUAGUUUUUUUUUCUCUGCUCAACAUGAACAGCGAGGAAGAGUUUUACGACGCAGAGACAGGGCUGGAGUCAGAUGAUUCAUAUGAGGUCAGUUUUAAAGAUGUCCCCGCGACUGACGCCAAACAUCUGGGACGGCGCAGGAAAACGCUCCCGAGUGAAAUGAUCUCCAGGAACAACUUCAGCCUGUGGAGUAUCCUGAAGAAAUGCAUCGGCAUGGAACUGUCCAAGAUAGCCAUGCCAGUGGAGUUCAAUGAGCCGCUGAGUUUUCUGCAGAGAAUAUCAGAGUACAUGGAACACACUCACCUCAUUCAUAAAGCCUGCACCCUGUCUGACUCCGUAGACCGCCUGCAGGUCGUCGCAGCCUUCGCUGUUUCAGCCGUGGCAUCUCAGUGGGAGCGAACUGGAAAACCCUUCAACCCGUUACUCGGGGAGACCUACGAGCUCGUACGGGAGGACGAGGGGUACAGACUGAUCUCGGAGCAGGUGAGCCACCAUCCUCCCGUCAGCGCCUUUCACGCUCAGUCACUGAAGCACGAGUUUGAGUUCCACGGCUCCAUCUAUCCUAAACUCAAGUUCUGGGGGAAGAGUGUGGAGGCUGAGCCCAAAGGCACCAUGACUCUGGAGUUACUGAAACAUAAAGAUGUUUUCACCUGGACGAACCCAGUGUGCUGUGUGCACAACAUCAUCCUGGGGAAACUGUGGCUGGAGCAGUAUGGAGUGGUGGAGAUAGUCAACCACAGCACAGGAGAUAAGUGUGUGUUAAACUUCAAGUCGUGUGGGAUGUUCGGGAAAGAGCUGCACAAAGUCGAAGGUUACAUCCAGGACGUGAGUAAGAAAAAGCGCUGUGUGAUCUACGGGAAGUGGACAGAGUGCAUCUACAGUGUGGACCCCAAGGUCUACGAGGCCUACAGGAAGUCAGGAGGAGACCCCAAGAAGACCAAACAGGAACACAGCUCUGCAGGUCAGGAUGCAGACGAGAUCCCAGAAGUUCAGGAGACGGUGACUGUGAUACCAGGAAGUGUGUUAUUGUGGAGGAUAAAACAAAGACCCUCUCACUCGGCACAGAUGUACAACUUCACCAGCUUCGCCAUGACUCUGAACGAGCUGGAGUCGGGCAUGGAGAGGCUGGUGGCGCCCACAGACAGCCGACUGAGGCCCGACAUCCGCGCCAUGGAGAACGGAGACAUCGAUGCGGCGAGCAGAGAGAAAGAACGGCUGGAGGAAAAACAACGGGCGGUGCGGCGGGAACGCUCCAAGAGCGAGUGGUCAACUAGGUGGUUCCAGCUGGGAACCAACCCUCACACUGAGGCCGAGGACUGGCUCUACACAGGUGGAUACUUUGACAGGAAUUACAGAGAGUGUCCCAACAUUUACUGACAUAGGAUUAAAGUCGGGCGUGUGGGACUCGGUGACCGCGGUGAAACGUGAUUUAAAUGUCAGAUUAUCUGUGACUGACUGUGAAAAUAAACCACUGGAAAAAUGUGAUUUAAAAAAACAAACAAAAAAAGGAGGAUAGUUUAGACGUUUCCCACUGAAAACGUAAACAGCAAACAUCUCCGUCUCUAUAAUCCCUAAUCCCUGAGAUUGACAUUAGUCGUAUAAAUUUCACCAGUGAAGACAACGGUGUGAUCACAUCCUGACUGCAGCACAAAACAAAGGUCGGCGUUAUAGGCAAUAUAUUUUCACAUGUAUGCUGUGCAAAAGUUCAGGCAGGUGAAUACAUUUGAGAUUUAACCCGAUGUUGUUGUUUCCUCUUUUUAAGUAAUAUGCAGAUAUCGUCCUAACACUUAAUUUCCGAUAUCAACCGAUACAGGCCUGGUAAUAUUUAUUUAUCUGUACAAACCACUGUAUGAGUAUGAGAUUAAUUAAAUAAGAUACAAUGCUGCCCUCUAGUGACUUUCACUUCAAUAUACAGCCGUUUUUUUCCCCAUAACUAUUUUUAGUUCAUACAUCAUUUGGGGAAACCGAGGCAUUGCGUUAUCGGGUUUUCAUUAUCAGUGGGAAAAAACGAUAACGAUGUUUUACAGAUAUUACAUAAUUAUGCUAAUAUCGGACCGAUAUUAUCGGACAUCCCUAAAAAAGCUUUUCAACAGCAUUAAUGUUUUCCAGCCUUCCUGGACUACAUGGUGGCAUGCUGGUCCAGCAGCUCGGCUGCACGGCACAUCUAUGGGCCACGACCCAGGUGUUUUCAAUUGUAAACAGUAAACGUAUACACCUGUCUCGAACUUCUCUGCCGUACUACAGUUUAGGUACUCGGUUAUCUGAUCUUCCCUCUAGACUUUUGUAAAGUGUCAUCCAGAUAUCAGGGGAAAUUCACAACUAUUUUUUUAUAUGUAGCCUGUAAUUAUAUUAGUUUUAAUAUUUGUUGUGAUGUAACACACCUGAUACAUCGUCACACACCAGUGUUUAGAGACGUGUAUAAUAAAUGUGAGAGUUGUGAGAGCUUUACACUUUGUUUCAAGGCAUAUGGGUUUC